UCAUGCGGCCUGCGUUAGAGAGGAGGAAGCAGAGAAAACAACAACAAGCCUGUUGGGUUCAGUGACAGAUAGAAGCCGCGCUGACGUCUCUCGUCUACACUAGCAGUCAAAAACCAGUUUAAUAUCACUCCUCGCUGUCGUCCCGAGGGCAAGAUGUCUGUGUUUGGGAAGUUGUUUGGUAGCAGCGGAAAGGGGGGCAAAUCUCCAAGCCCCCAAGAGGCUAUCCAGCGACUGCGAGAAACAGAAGAAAUGUUGACCAAAAAGCAAGAAUUCCUGGAGAAGAAGAUUGAACAGGAGCUUGUAACGGCCAAGAGAAACGGCACGAAGAACAAAAGAGCUGCACUGCAGGCACUGAAGCGUAAGAAGCGCUACGAGAAGCAGUUAGCUCAGAUCGAUGGCACUCUGUCUACCAUCGAGUUCCAGCGGGAGGCGCUAGAAAACGCUCACACCAACACCGAGGUGAUCAAGAACAUGGGCUUUGCUGCUAAGGCCAUGAAAGCUGCCCAUGACAACAUGGACAUCGACAAAGUGGACGAACUCAUGCAGGACAUCACGGAACAACAGGAGCUGGCACAAGAAAUUUCAGAUGCAAUCUCAAAGCCUGUCGGGUUCGGGGAGGAAUUUGAUGAGGAUGAGCUGUUAGCAGAACUAGAGGAGCUGGAGCAGGAAGAGUUGGAUAAGAACCUUCUGGAGAUUGGAGACAAUGUACCGCUGCCAAACGUGCCGUCUACAUCUUUACCUGCCAGACCAGCAAAGAAGAAAGAAGAAGAGGAUGAGGAUGACAUGAAAGACUUGGAGGCGUGGGCUGCCAAUUAAUGCUCCCCGAAAAACCCAUACACACUAUACAAGGCAUAAACCUCACUCCGAUACCUGUUACUAAAGGACCUGGAAGGACUCUUCAGUAUGUUACAGUAUGACGUCUUUGUGUCUAAAAUAGGUUAAUAUUUAAACACACGAGAGGAAAACAAAAACAUAAAUGCAACUGCUCAAAAAGAAAAAAAAAAGACAAAUCUCCGCCAGGCUUGAGGUCAACGCACUCAUCUAAGCAAGUCUUGAGUUUUUGCCUCGUUUCUUCUCAUCUCCGGACUGCUCAGACACGACAAAAGGCUUGUUGUAGAUCAGUGUUUGUGUGUUCGGCACUCCAUUACCUGUAAAAGUAGUCCGAUAAUUUCAAGCUUCCGUCAUAAGGAAUCCUCCGCUCGAUCCGAGAAACCAAUACUCACGGAAAAAACCCUUUGCACGCAGGGGAAAGUGUCUGUAACGAUCCGUCGUGUUUUUUGGAGAGAGCGUGUGGUAUGAUACGAUUUCAUUUCUUUCGCAAGUUCUGUUAAAAGCACUGUAAGCCCUGUUUGAUUCCGUCCGGCGAGCGUUUCAGUGCAGGUGCUUCCCACGUACAAUAUCCUCAGCGCCCGCGGGACGUCCGGGAUCAGCACUUAGGCUUCGUGGGUCUCCUUUUCAGGACUGAGGUGGGCAUGAUGGUUUGAGUCCUGCUGCAGCUGUAAGGCUUUUAAUGUACGUAGCGUCUCUCUCUUUAACGGCGUGUAUGGAUUCCUGUAUGGAAUAGGUCUCUUCACUCCAGAAACGUGUACUGUAUUUGAGGGAUUUCGGAUGUACUGGCUAUCGAUUCUAAGAUACCUUCAACCUAGAAGUGGUUUCUUGAGUGCUGUGUUAGCUGAAGAAGGUUUUUUGUAGAUUUCAGAUUGUUAUAUUUGAGGUGCAAAUGCGUUCAAAAAGAUUUGUACAAGGACAGACCGCAAAGAUUAUUGUAAUAUCAUGCUUUAUUUUACAGAGCGCAUGCGAUUUCCUGGCACAGUGGUUUUAUUGGUUUUCCUCUCCUGAGAGUCGCUAUAGAAUAUUUGAGUAUUGAAUAUUGAGAGGUGAGAGAAGCACUAAACACUAACGGUUUAUUUAUCAGACUCGUAACAUUUCUUUUUGGGUUGUUUAUUGUUCGUUUGUCUUUUUCACACUCUCGUUUAUGUUGUCCUCUGCCUUUCAACCUUACACCUUCAUUAAAGUUUUGCCAAAGUAACACCUCUCUGGUUUUUUUAUUCGCGCAUUAAGGUGUUUCUUUCCAUCGUUUCCUUAAUAUUUCUUUAUUUAUGCACUUAACAGCAUCCGUGCUCACCAUGAAGAUGCGGUUUUGUCUAUUGAAUAUUGAACAUGAAUUUUUAGAAACUGUCCAGGUAGGAGAAUACCCACUGGUCCACUACUGUGAGCAAUCUUUCACAGACAUGAUGGAAUAUGCUAUGGUGCUUUUCUGUUUCUUUUUUGCAGGGAAAAGAAAACAAAAUCAAGGUUUUGAAGCAACUCGCUGCGUGUAGUGAUGCAAACCGAUUUGUACGAGAUGUGGAAGAUCAAGCUUUAAUACAUUUGUAUGUUUUCAUUAUCUUGUAGGUGCUGGAUUUAUCAUUGUUAUACCAUUAUCGUUAUAAUCUUACUUAUUAUUGUUAUUAAAAUAUUUUGACUGAG